GCUGGUAUCCCUGUUCGGAGUCACCUUCACCUUCGCGUCGUGCCUGCGGAACGGCUGGGUGUGGGACGCCGUGGGCUGCGCGUGGGACGGGUUUAGCGGCAGCCUCUUUGAGAAGAGUUCCAGUCACAAAUGCAUAUGUGAUGCAUGGUAACAUUUCCCGCUAAGGUGAAAUGCAGAAAUGAAAAGGACACAUCCGUAUGAGUAUUCUCAGAUAUGAUUACAUGCACUUUAUCGUGUUUUCCAUGCUACUGACUUUUUUUUUUAAUGUUUAAAAAUUAUAAGAGUUAAAAGCUUAGGACUUACAGACUCGAUGUUUCUGAAUGAAUAUCACAAAUAGAGAUUUUAUUACAGCAUCAAUACCUCAGAAGAGCCCUCAACCUAGAUCCGUACUGUGUUCUCUCAUAGCUGUGGCCUGAAGCUUCAGCUCCUAGGAUGGCGGACAAGCUUCCCACAGAGUUUGAUGUGGUUAUAAUAGGGACUGGUUUGCCUGAGUCCAUCCUGGCAGCUGCAUGUUCAAGAAGUGGACAGAGAGUUCUGCAUGUUGACUCAAGGAGUUACUAUGGAGGGAAUUGGGCGAGUUUCAGCUUUACAGGUUUGCUGUCGUGGCUGAAGGACUAUCAACAGAACCAUGACAGCGAGGGAGACGUGACUGGCACAUGGCAAGACCUGAUCGAUGAAACCGAAGAAGCCAUCGCUCUUUGCAAGAAGGACGAAACUAUUCAGCACACGGAAGUCUUCUGUUAUGCUAGUCAAGAUGUGGAAGAUAGCACGCAAGAGAGCGACCCUCUGCAGAAAAGUCCCUCCCCAGAGGCAUCUGCUACUCCGGCGGACUCUCUGGAGACUGCAAGCUUGCCCAAAGAAAGGCACUCAGAAGACUAUACAAGCUACGAGGCGCCUUCUAGACGUACAGAGGGAAGUGAUGGAGCAGUUUCACUCUCCUCAGCUCAUGCACAGGACUCACUGGAGAAAGAAAAGUUCUGUGGAGAUGAAACCGGGAUGCACGCAGUUUCAGAUGGAGAUGAAGGUGAACACAAACUUAUUGCAGAAGACAACGUAGGACAACCAAAGAGAAAUACGAUUACUUACUCACAGAUGGUCAAGGAGAGCCGGACAUUCAACAUUGACUUGGUAUCAAAGCUGCUGUAUUCUCAAGGCUCACUGAUCGAUCUUCUAAUCAAAUCAAAUGUUAGUCGUUAUGCAGAGUUUAAGAAUGUUACUAGGAUCCUUGCAUUUCGGGAAGGGAAGGUAGAACAGGUGCCUUGCUCCAGAGCAGAUGUGUUUAACAGUAAAGAGCUCACUAUGGUUGAGAAGAGAAUGCUAAUGAAGUUUCUCACGUUCUGUUUAGACUACGAGCAACAUUCGGAUGAAUACCAAGAUUUCAAACAAUGUUCAUUUUCUGACUACUUAAAAACUAAAAAGCUAACGCCUAACCUCCAACAUUUCAUCCUACACUCAAUUGCAAUGUCAUCAGACUCAUCCUGCACUACAUUAGAUGGCCUUCAAGCAACAAAGAACUUCCUUCGGUGUCUUGGACGGUUUGGCAACACCCCCUUUAUAUUCCCUUUAUACGGCCAAGGAGAAAUUCCCCAGUGUUUCUGCAGGAUGUGUGCAGUUUUUGGUGGAGUCUAUUGCCUUCGCCAUAAAGUACAAUGCCUUGUAGUUGACAGAGACUCUGGAAGAUGUAAAGGAAUCAUAGAUGGCUUUGGGCAGAGAAUAAGUGCCAACUAUUUUAUCGUGGAGGACAGUUACCUUUCUAAGGAAACGUGUUCAAAUGUUCAGUAUAAGCAGAUCUCGAGGGCAGUGCUCAUCACAGAUCAGUCCAUCCUGAAGACCGAUUCAGACCAGCAGAUUUCCAUUUUGGUAGUGCCUCCUCUGGAGCCGGGAACCUCUUCUGUCCGGGUCAUGGAAUUAUGUUCCUCAACCAUGACAUGCAUGAAGGACAGCUAUCUGGUCCACUUGACCUGUUUCUCUUCAAAAACAGCCCGAGAAGACUUGGAACCCGUGGUGAAGCAGUUAUUCAUCCCUUUUGCAGAAGCAGAAGCAGACAAAGAGGAACUCAGAAAACCAAGACUUUUGUGGGCCCUUUAUUUUAAUAUGAGAGAUUCCUCAGAGGUGAGCCGAAGCUCAUACUGUAGCUUACCUUCCAAUGUAUACAUCUGCUCUGGGCCUGACUGUGGACUGGGGAAUGAGCAUGCAGUCAAGCAAGCGGAAACACUGUUCCAGGAGAUCUUUCCCAGUGAAGAGUUCUGCCCUCCUCCACCAAACCCUGAAGACAUUAUCUUUGAAGCGGAGGGUUAGCAACCAGACACUCCUGGAUAGCAAUACACUUACCACUAAGCUAGAUACCCCAAGGACAGCAAGAACUUUUAAAACCUAGAACACCUUCAAAAACAAAAGAAAACACUGGCAAUGCCUCAAAACAUUGUCGCAUGAAGGAUACCCACCACCAGAGUGAGCCACAACUGUGUAAGAAGCACUGUUCACGUGUCUUCAAAAGUGA